AUGCCCAUCCGUGUCAAGCUCAAGCCCACGCCGGUGCGCGAGGGCAGUCCCUUCUCCGCCCGAUAUGAUUAUAUCGAGCCCCCUUACAUUGGCCCGGACGACUCGUUCCGCCUGGUCGUCAAGAAGCUGUCCCAGUACAUAACCGAGGCCAUCGAGCUCCCAAGCACCUUUGACCAGCUGCGCACGACUUCGGCCGGCACCGCUCUCCGCCUCUUGGUUGACCAUCUGAGCGAUACCUGUGCCAACCCGGCCAUCGUCAAUGCUCUUUUGGCGCUCAAAUGGCACUAUGCCUUGGAUCGUGACAACCAGGGCCUCGGCGAGGCUCGUUCCAAUGCCUGUGAGAUUGUAGCCUGGAGAUUCCUGACCCACCACUCGGAGCGCGAGGCUGUGACUUUUUGCCUCUACGAGAUCCCUGACCGUAAGAAGGCAAAGGCUCAGCGGCAGCAGCAGCCUGGUCAGAUCCUCGGGUCAGAUCCCGAAGCUGGCGAGGGCACUCCCUUGAUUCCUCGCGUGCUGGCUUCCUUUGACGGCUCGGAUCCUCACCCUCCCGUUGGAAGCUCGUCCAAGAAAAUCCAGCUUCUAUCGUCUCUUUCCCGUUUGACUAAUCUCAGCAUGGAUGACGACGACGACGAUGAAGAUGAUGAUGACCCAACAGCCGCCUUUGAAGGCUUGAAUGCUCUUGAAAUUGCUGCCAUUGCCAACGCCAAGAGAUUUCUUAGCCAGCACGUCGUGCAAAAGAUCAUCUCGGGCAUAUGGAAUGGUGAUAUCGUUUUCUGGGAUUCCAUGUCCCUCAAUUCGACAAAGCACCCACACUUCUAUAACCCAUUCACGUCGGAUCCCUACUCCCGACUUCGUGUGCCCAAGUAUCUAAAGUGCUGGGAAGUCUUGUUCUUCAGCGUCUUCAUGUGCCUGUAUUACUCUGUUCUCAUCGUGCGGGACGAGAGCCGCUUGACCGGCCCCGAAAUCGCCUUGUUCUUCUGGAUUGCUGCCUUCCUUUACGAUGAAUUGAGUGAAUGGAUUGAUGCUGGAGCCAUCUUUUACGCAACGGAUAUCUGGAAUUUGUUUGACAUGAUUAUGAUUCUCAUUGGCACCAUCUUUGCUGUAUUGAGAAUUAUUGGUAUCAUGCGCGAGGACUUGCGCCUAAACGACCUGGCGUUUGAUGUGCUGGCCCUGGAGGCUCUCUUUAUGAUCCCCCGUAUUUGCUCCAUCCUCAGUCUGAGCCCCUACUGGGGCACCCUCAUUCCCUGCCUCAAGGAGAUGGGCAAAGACUUUAUCAAAUUCAUGGUGCUUGUCAUUAUUGUCUACCUUGGCUUCCUAACCACCUUUUCUCUCGUUGGCAGAGACAUCUUUAGCCUUGGCAAGAUGACGGGCAUCUUGACCAAGAUCUUUUACGGCUCAAGCUAUGUGGGAUUCGAAAUCAUGGACCAGAUUGAUCCGAUCUUCGGACCCCCCUUGAUGAUCAUCUUCAUCACUCUGUCUUCGUUCCUCCUCAUGGGCUCGCUCACCGGUAUGCUCUCCAACAGCUUUUCGCGUGUCAUUACCCACGCCAAGGAGGAAUAUCUCUACGUGUACAGCGUUUACGUGCUGGAGGCCUCAACCAGCAACCGCCUGACACACUUUUACCCCCCCUUCAACCUUCUUUCCUUGUUUCUUUUCCGCCCUUGGCGAUACAUUCUCCCGAGGUCCCAAUACCGCGCAGGUAGGAUCUGGCUUCUCAAGGUGACCCACGCGCCCAUUGUUGCCGUAAUCAAGUUUUACGAGUAUCUCAAGUACAAGGGGGAUGACGAUGAUGAGUUUCGCGGCUUCAAGGGCCCAAGAGAGCCUAAGGGGAGACGCCGCAGGUCAGAGGCUGGCCGACCAUCAUCAUCCGCUGGCCGCCCGCCCGUUUCAUCUCUUAGAUCUGCGAUGAAAUUGCGUCCGUCUAGUCGGAAUCGAGGAGAGGACGAUGUGGAUGCGCCGUCGUCGGUUGAAGUUCAGAUUUUGGAGCUGCAGCAGAAGAUUGACCAGCUGACGUCGAUUGUUAUCUCGAUGAGGGAAAGCCAAAUCGCCAAUGACAAGAACGAAGCUGAUAAUAACAAUGAUGCCUAA